AUGCCAAUACAUACGUGUUCGCCCGACCAACGGCUGCGGCAGCGAUUGCCACAACAAAGACCUAGACCGAGAAGCAGGCCCCAAAGAAGUCCAGUUGGAGAUGAUGCCUUUCAUGGUGUAGCACCGGAUUUCGCAUUUCCAGCUCUGUCUUUGCUUUGGGAAAACCCUUCCAACAAUCCGGGCGACCCAACUUUUCGUCUCGCCGAUACAGGCCCCUGGUCGGCUGAUUUCUCCUACACCAUAGGUUUUCAGCCCAGCAGUUCCCACAUUGAUGACCCCCUGAAUGGUACACUUCCUUCCCAUGAGACUGUGCAGAAUGCAGAACGCCAUCAAGGUUGGGAUACUCCUUAUUCGAAGGGCAUGAUGCCGCAGAUUGCUCUCUCCGAAUUUAUGAUGAAAGACUCUCAUUCAUUGUUCUGUGAGCCAGUCACUCGAUUGGAAACAUCGUCUUACUUCCUGAAUCUCAAGACGCCGACAAAUCAGGGUGAUCAGCUGACGACAAAGCACAAUGACUGUGCAUUUACACGGUUUGGUAGUCUACAAAGCGAUCAGAGUAUGACUCCUAGCUCCACGAUUUUGUCCGGCUGUGAGAACCUAAGCACUAGACUGCCAUCACACUUAGAGGGCUAUCUAGGCGUAGCAGGUUGA